AUGGCGUGUCGAAACCUGUGGCGCCUACCGCUCUCGCGCCGCUGGACGGGGCCUUCUUUCGCUCGUAGACGUGCGUUGAGUUUCGAGUACAUUGCAGAUGAAGCUCCCGGUUGUUUUGAGUGGUUUCUUGACUGGACGUCGCAGUUGAGUACGCUCUGCGCUCGGUACACAGGUCCUGUGUUCGUCUGUCUUGGCCUAGCGCUGAUAAGUUUAAUCGUCUUCUCCUAUUUUCGUCACAUGUUACCAGCUCUCUAUGAACUUGCGACGCGAAGCCCCUACUCAGGUUGGGCGCAGACGGCACUCCUCGUUCAUCUCGUCAUAGCACUCUACCUCCUCUACUGCGUCGUGUAUGCGUACGCGAAAACGGUGACCACGGACCCCGGAUCGCCGCCGCUCGCCGAAACUGUUCAGAUGGCAGCACUUGAUCCCCACAUCGACGUCGCCGUCGUCGACGCAAAGCAGGGACGCUGCGCGGCUCGUGCUGCCACACCAAACUGCACCUGGACUGUCUGCGGACGAUGUCGUCGGUGGCGACCACCGCGCACACACCACUGCUCCGUUUGCCGCCGCUGCAUCCUGCACAUGGAUCAUCACUGCAUCUGGAUGAACGCGUGUGUAGGUUACCGCAACUACAGGUUCUUUCUCUCGACACUCUACUUUCUGGUCGUCGGGGCCGCCGAUACGGUCGCUACGGUUCUCUUUCUCUGGUGGCGGGCAUCGCAUCGGAGAGAACUGCGCACGAACAUCUGGCUCCUCUAUUCCUUCGCACUGGCGCUUUGCCUCGGGGUCGCAUUGUUGCUGCUGCUGGUGUUUCACAUUCGGAUUCUUUCGCUGGGCCUCUCGACGAUCGAUUAUCUCGCUGGCGGUGCGCGUGGCGCUGAGUCCGUAGCUGCACCGGUCGACUCGGGCGAGCGCAUGCAGCCGGGCUCGCAACUGGACCCCACGAUCGGCAGGCAUGGGCGUGCACCCCGACAAAGUCGCUUUUUCGAGCGGCUGCGGUUGAAUGCUCGCAAGGUAUUCGGCAUCGAAAGACCAUUGUGGUCUGUUUUUUUGUUUCCUCCCGUGCGUGGGGGCUCGAAAGAAUCCCUUGCAGGCGAGCGACACCAGCCGGCUUUGCUUUCAGGCCUUGUGGUCUGA